AUGUCAAGAAACCAUAUUGGCAAGACCAUGGAAGUUUAUGUGGAUGACAUGCUCGUCAAAAGUCAGCGACCAGAAGAUCAUUUGUCGCAUUUGGAGGUCGCCUUCGCCAUCAUGAGAGAAUAUGGGAUGAAGCUCAACCCAAGUAAAUGCACGUUCAGGGUCGGAGGCGGUAAAUUUCUUGGGUACAUGGUGAGCAGUCGUGGAAUCGAGGCUAACCCAGAAAAAAUCGAAGCAAUCUUGCAACUGAAAUCACCUGCCUCAAUAAAGGAUGUUCAGAAGCUAGCUGGUAAGCUCGCGUCUUUAAAUCAUUUUAUUUCUAGAUCCGCAGAUAGAAAUUUACAUUUCUUCAAAAUAUUGAGAAAAUCUAAGGAAUUUAAGUGGACCGAGGAAUGCGAACAAGCGUUCCAAGAACUUAAGAAAUAUCUAAGAACCCCAUCGUUGUUAGCGAACCCAAAGACAGGAGAUACAUUGUACCUAUACCUGGUUGUCUCAGAAAAUGCAGUUAGCUCCGUACUAGUAAGAGAAGAUAGGAAAAUACAUAACCCAGUUUAUUACGUUAGUAAGAUGUUGCAAGGAGCGGAAAAAUUAUACACAUCAACCGAAAAAUUGGUAUUGGCACUUGUAGUUACAACUCGGAAGCUGCGAUCGUACUUCCAGUCCUACAGGGUCGUCGUACUCACAAAUCAACCCCUUAAGAGUAUACUAUCUCGUCCAGAAGUGUCAGGAAGGUUUGUCAAAUGGGCAACUGAGCUAGGAGAAUAUGACAUUGAUUAUCAAACCCGAACGUCAGAGAAAGCGCAAGUCCUAGUUGACUUUGUGAUGGAGAUGUCUGGAGAGUCGACGUCGGAGCAAAACACUUGGAUGUUACACGUGGACGGGUCGUCAAAUGCAAGUAAUGGCGGAGCAGGGAUACUGAUCCAAGGAUCGAAGGGGGUAGAGAUAGAGAUUGCUGCAAAGCUCUCAUCCUCAACCACUAACGAGGCAGAAUACGAAGCGCUGAUCAUGGGGCUGGAACUAGCGUACGAGGCAGGAGCUAGAGCCUUGGAAGUAUACACAGAUUCGCAGUUAGUAGCUAUGCAGAUCGAAGGGAGCUAUGAAACAAAAGAGAAGACCAUGAUGAUGUAUCGCAAUAGGGCGAAAUCUCUGAUGCAAAGAUUCACGACAUGCUCGAUCCAACAAAUCCCAAUGAGUGAAAAUGAUAGGGUAGAUGCGUUGUCGAAGUUCAGAGUACUUUUGACGGGAAUUAGGAACCAAAAGUUAACAAUCAUGGUAAAAGAUCGACCAGCAAUCUCAGAAGGGGACGAGAUUCGGAAUCCCAAGGAUUUUAAUAUCCAACAACGGAACGCAAUUCCAGGGAAAGCAAAUAACAGCUUGGUUCAAAGAGUUAAGGGUUCAGUAGAACUUCACAGUGGUCGGUCAUCCCUAAGUGAACGGGCAAACAGAACUAUCAUUCCUACAGAAAUAGGCGAGGAGACGCAAAGGGUAGCUGCCUACGACCCCACGACCAAUGGCGAAGCAAGAACCUUCGACCUUGUCACCGUGGAAGAAAAAAGGGAGAAGGCAUUUGCAAGAAUGCUUCACCACAAAGGACUGAUAAUGAGAAAUAGUGACAAAAAAUUGCGAAAGAGAGAGCUACAAAUAGGUGACCUAGUUUUGAAAAGGGUCGAAGUUUCCAAGCAUGUGGGAAAACUAGACUCUGGAUGGGAGGGGCCAUACAAAGUGGUCGAAAUAAAGAAACAGGGAAUGUACAAGCUUCAGGACACAUAUGGCAAAGAUCUACCAUGA